UUUUUAAAUAAGCCUAGACUUUAUUUAGCUCAUUAGCCUGCCGCAGCAUUUAGUUGGUUUACAGAGACGCUCUCAAAAACAACAAUAAAAAUGAAGUUCCUCGCAAUUUUUGUUAUUUUUAUGGUAGUGUUUACACUGGCCUUGGGCGAAAGGACAUGUACCAUUGAUGGCAGGACCAUAAAGGCCGGUCAAAGUCAUCAGCCAGCCGGACAAUGCAGUAUAUACAAAUGUACCGAUGAGGGUCUUUUCAGCAUUACCAACUGUCCUCCCGUGCCCACCUUCACUGGCAAAGGCAAAUUUAUUGACAAGGAUGUGAAAAAACCCUUCCCCGAUUGCUGCGCCCGUGUGAUCCAAUAAAAAUUAACGGAUGUUGAAAAAUUGUAAAAAUCUCAAUAUUUUGCCCUUUUCCAGAACCUGCAGGAAUCUACUAGUUUUGCAAUUUUUUCGAUGUCAUAAAGGUCAACAUUACCAAUUUUCUCCACUAAUAAAUAAACAAACGUUGUUUUUUUUUAUAAAAAAAAAACAACAACAAUAAUGGGAUUAAGCCUGAUUAUUUUGUAACAACAAAGAAUCGGUUAUCGUAAUACAAAUUACUACUUUCUUGCAGUUCUGGAAAAAAAAUAUGAAUAAAUAAAUAAAAAAUAUAUUUUUUU